CAUAUACCUCCAUCCCAUACAAGUAAAAUUUAUAAAAAGAAAAUGAGUCAUUCAAAAGGCAAAUGGGUCACUCUCGUAAUUGCCAUUUUCGGUGCAUUGGCAGCAUCCACGCACCUCUCAUUUCCAAACCCACCAUUAACAGCCCCUACAUGCCUCCUCCAACUUGCUCUCACCACCUUCUCAUCAGCCAUUUUCUCAGUAUUAAUCAUCAAAGAUGGUCCUGAUCUUCGCCAUAAUGAUCACCUGCAGUACUAUGAAAAGAGUACAAAAGACUCCAUCAUCUGUGAAGAUUUUCCGCCAGACUUCCCCCCUCCAGACACCGACACAACCUCAAUUCUUUGCGUCGAUGGAAACGGCUGCUGCAACUUCACCACAGUGCAGUCGGCGGUGGAUGCAGCUAGUGUCGACCCCCAAAAAAGAACCAUAAUAUGGAUCAACUCUGGCAUUUACUACGAGAAAGUGAUUAUUGCGAGAACCAAAACAAAUAUUACGUUUCAAGGACAAGGGUAUGCCUCAACUGCAAUUGUUUGGAAUGACACUGCUACUUCUUCCCGUGGCACGUUCAAUAGCGGCUCCGUUCAAGUUUUCGCCGCCAAUUUCAUUGCUAAGAACAUAAGCUUCAUGAAUGUAGCACCAAUUCCAAAUCCUGGUGAUGUUGGAGCCCAAGCAGUAGCGAUUAGGGUAUCAGGAGACCAAUCAGCCUUUUGGGGUUGUGGGUUCUUUGGUGCACAAGACACACUUCAUGAUGACAAGGGUCGUCAUUACUUCAAGGAUUGCUACAUUCAAGGUUCCAUCGACUUCAUUUUCGGUGAUGCCAGGUCAUUUUAUGAGAACUGCCAACUGGUGUCCAUAGCCAACCCAGUGGCAAUAGGAGCAAAGAUCAUAAAUGGAGCAGUGACGGCGCAUGGCAGAACAUCCAAGGAGGAGAACACAGGCUUCGCAUUCCUCAACUGCACGGUGGGAGGCAGCGGCAGGAUAUGGCUUGGUCGAGCUUGGAGGCCUUUCUCCCGUGUGGUUUUCACUUACACCCUAUUGUCAGAGAUCAUUGCCCCCGAGGGCUGGAAUGACUUCAAUGACCCUACCAGAGACAAGACUAUUUUCUAUGGAGAGUACAUGUGCCGGGGUCCUGGAGCCAACGUGACUCUGAGAGUUCCUUAUGCACAGCAGCUCAACGACACACAAGCUUCUCCUUUCCUUAAUUUAUCAUUCAUUGAUGCUGAUCAGUGGUUGCAACCAUAUUAUACUUAGGCCCUCUCUCACUCCCUCUACAUGCAACUGGAAAAAAUUAAAUAAACUUAACUAUUCAUUUAUGUUCACAUCCAUCAAUCUAAAACUAUGAUUGUAAUAAAUGUUUGACGCAAUUUAAUACAGGAACUAAUUAACCUUCCGGCCA